GACACAUUACAAGUUAUUAUGGGUGGGAUCAAACAUGACGGAAAUGCAAGUUUAAUGGGAAUUUGAAUGAAGAGAUAUUAAAAAAAAUUGGACCAAACGUUGUGACAACCAAAAUGUUAUUUUUGUCACACGACACUUGUAAAAACAAAGUCGUUUCAUGCAAAUAUGCGCCGGUAAAGUCAAUGUAAAUGGCGUGAGGCCGUAACGGUUCCCUCCCAAUGACCCAACCCACGGCACCGCAUAUUCAUGUUACGGUAACGGUGACCCCCAACGUUCCGUCUUCUCUCUCUCUCCCCUCCUGUGAGAAGCCUGAAGCCAGAUCCCUAGCACUAACGUUUCCCAUGGCUUCCUGUGACGACGAUUUCCCUCUAAUCGGUGACGAUAACGCCGCUCACACCACCGCCACAACACCCGCCGUUAACCCUAACUUCCACCGUCACCACCACCACCAACCCUUCUCCUCUCAUCUCCGAUUUAAGGCCUCCCAAAUCCACCCGUCUCCUCUCCACGCCGGCAGUCCGAAGGACAUUCCCGGCGAGAACGAUGCCGCCUCCCCCGAGGGAGAAGGUUACACCGAUGGAGGGGCGUUCUGCUCGCCGCCGGAUCCGAAGGAUAGCAACUCCUCGUCGUAUCAUGUCGUCGGGAUUAAUCCGUACGAGAACGAUGCCAAUCCUUACGAUGCGGAUCCCGAUCCGACUAGAUCUCGAGCCAGUGCUGCGAACGUUAAGCGUCUGGAGCAAGAGGUCAUCAGCGCAAACGGAGCUCCCUACGCGUACAAAAGGGCGAAACUCGUCACGUCUGUGGCUACGGCCACCAGAGGCGGCGGAGGAAGUGGGGAGUAUAGGAAGGACAGGGAGGAAUGGAGCGACACAGGCAUCGCGUGCCUUUUGGAGGCGUACUCGGAGAAGUUUAUGCAGCUCAACAGAGGCAAUUUGAGAGGGAGGGAUUGGGAAGAGGUGGCGGCCAUGGUCAGCGAUAGGUGCGAGAAACAACCGAAGAGCGUUGAGCAGUGUAAGAACAAGGUUGAUAAUUUGAAGAAGAGGUAUAAGCUGGAGAGGCAUAGAAUGAGCAACGGCGGAGUUUCGGCUAGCCACUGGCCCUGGUUCAAGCAAAUGGAACAGAUUGUUGGAAACUCUCUUUCUGCAAAAGCAAUCUUAGUUGAGGAGGAGAAAUCCGGCAUCUCGCUUAGACAGUCUAAGAGAUAUGGAACUGCAAACUCUGCUCUUGGGGCUCAAGUUAACAAUAUGAAGCUAAAAUCUCAUGGUGGUGGUCCCAGGUGGAGAAGAGUUGUUUUUAAGAUUAGCGGCGCUGCUCUAUCUGGAACCACACAGAACAACAUUGACCCAAAGGUGGCCAUGCUUAUCGCAAGAGAAAUUUCAAUUGCAUGUCGUGUUGGAGUAGAGGUAGCAGUAGUUGUUGGAGGCCGUAAUUUCUUUUGUGGCGAUUCAUGGGUUACAUCAACUGGUUUAGACAGAUGCACUGCCUAUCAGAUUGGGAUGAUGGCAACCUUGAUGAAUUCCAUACUUCUGCAUUCAGCACUGGAAAAACUGGGUGUGCAGACUCGUUUGCAAAGCACAUUUUCUAUGCCAGAGGUAGCGGAGCCAUACAACAGGCAACGAGCAAUUCGCCAUCUCGAAAAGGGCAGAGUUGUAAUCUUUGGCGGAAUAGGAGCUGGCACAGGAAUUUCACUGUUCACCACUGAUACAGCUGCAGCACUAAGAGCUUCUGAGAUUCAUGCUGAUGCCAUGCUGAAAGGUACGAAUGUAGAAGGCGUUUAUCUUUGCGACUCAAGAAGUAACAACUUAAUAGCCGAACAUGUGUCCUACCGGGAUCUUGCUUCUGAAGGUGCGGCUCCCAUUGACAUGAUGGCUGUUAAUUGCUGUGAGGAGAAUGGUAUUCCUGUCGUGAUUUUCAAUCUUCAUGAGCCCGGGAAUAUAUCAAGAGCAUUGAGUGGAGAGCCAGUCGGGACUCUGAUUGAUCAGAUGGGAAGGAUUAGUUAGAAUUAAAGAGCCAUAAGAGGAACCGACAAUGACUGUCAUCCAGGUUAGUUCAAGGUGUAGGUGUAUUGCGUCAUAUGCAUUCUAAACUGACGGUCAUUUGUUGUUUAGGCAAUUAUAUUAGAGACAAUGAAGCAAAUGUUGUUUUCAUUAGCUCCAUCAACAACUUACUAAGUAUCAAUCGUGUAAAUUUCACCUGGCAUUUAACAUUGAUGUCCUAACUUAAGGGCAUUGAUAUUGAGUUAAAUUAAUACAGAGUAUUUAG